GCACGGCCGGGUAGAGCAGACGGACAAAUACCAACCUCAAACCACAGGCACAUCACCAUCUGAUGCCUCGUUAUAUCAGUCGGUAGAUUAAAUGACUCUUAAUGCGGAUCUUUGGAUUCCGGUUGAUCAUUCGGUCGUGGGUUCGAGCCCCACACGAGGCUUACCUUUUGCCUGGGACCGCUCUGCAGAGAUCAGGAGCAUUCGUGGACGCUCCCGGCAGGUUGGAAGACGGUGGUGGGGUGGUGGUGGUAAGGCGGCGGAAAAAUCUGAUGGAGCGGAGGCAGACUUGUUUGGUUCCGGUGGAGGCCGAUGUGGAGGUGGAUGUGCGCGCAGAGGACAGGAGGUCGAGGCGGCGAUCGUCAAUGCCGUGGCCGUCCACGCUCUUCGCUGGCGCUUGAUGCGCGGAUCUGGGGGACAUUCACAGAGACAUAUUCAUUGGCCGAUUCGUAAGGCUGAUGGACCUCCGCGGGCUGGCGUGCAACGCGCGACGUCUCGGCGACUCAUAGCUCCCGACCAGCGCGUUCUCGAGACUGUUGGCUCCGCCCUUCAUCGGUGGCCGGUGGCGGUGGCGUGGAGCGAAAGCGGCUGAACGAUUUUAACUGAAGACAUCUGGCCCCGCCUCCGCCUUGCGGCGCUCCAACGAUCCGUCGAUCUAACAACGAAGGCAGCGUGAGAGUCCCUGGGUGCUUCGAUCACCUGUUCGCCGUCGCUGUCUCUUACGCUCUCGCCUUUGCACUUACCAAGGCAUUCUUGAUCCGAUCACAGAUGCGUAGAAGAAGAGUCCGUCUCUCCGCUCGGAUCGGGGUCACGCCGGGGCUCGGGGGCCGUGCGGACCCACCCUACUCAGGAUCAGUGAUCGCUGAUGGCUGGCGACGACUAGUACUCAACAGAGGAGACGCGGAGACGAUGGAGCAGGGAGUGCGGGGGAAUACUUGCAGCUCUGCUCAGAGGCAACAGCCGCCACUGCGGCCGGCGAUGC